UUGAAAUCCCCUGCUUUGCUUUCUGGGUAAACUGUACGACGCUGCACCCGGUAUCCGCCCAUAUUCGCGUCAGGCCAACCUCAGCUGAAUCGAGAGUAGCAGGCCAAACGCUGUAUCAAAUGGAAAGUUAAAUCGAUUAAUGUCCUUACUUUUGUCUGCUUUUUUAAAAGAAUAUACAUUUACACAAAUGCGGCCGUUUCAGUGUAAAGUAGGAAAUGCAGAGAUCGUGUGAAAAAGGAGGAUUAUCUGCUUGACUUCUUAUUUGGUCGCUACUUCGGACGCGGAACUCCACACGCUAUAGGUGAACGAUGACCGAAUACAAGCUGGUGGUGGUGGGGGCAGGAGGUGUGGGCAAGAGCGCGCUCACCAUCCAGCUCAUCCAGAAUCACUUUGUGGAUGAAUAUGACCCCACCAUCGAGGACUCAUACAGGAAGCAGGUGGUGAUUGACGGGGAGACGUGUCUGCUGGACAUCCUGGACACUGCAGGUCAGGAGGAGUACAGCGCCAUGAGGGACCAGUACAUGAGGACAGGGGAGGGCUUCCUCUGUGUCUUUGCCAUCAACAACACAAAGUCCUUCGAGGACAUCCACCACUAUAGAGAGCAGAUCAAGCGGGUGAAAGACUCGGAAGACGUGCCCAUGGUGCUGGUGGGAAACAAGUGUGACCUGCCGUCCCGGACGGUGGACACCAAACAGGCUCAGGACUUGGCGCGCAGCUAUGGCAUCCCCUUCAUCGAGACCUCGGCCAAAACCAGACAGAGAGUGGAGGAUGCCUUUUACAGUCUGGUACGGGAGAUCAGGCUGUACCGGCUGAAAAAGCUCAGCAAGGAAGAAAAGACCCCGCGCUGCGUCAAGCUUAAAAAGUGUGUUGUGAUGUGAAAGGGGGUGUCGAUGAUGCAUUUUACACAUUAGUGCGGGAAAUCCGAAAACACAAGGAGAAGAUGAGCAAGGAGGGCAAGAAGAAGAAAAAGAAGUCCAAGACAAAGUGUAUACUCAUGUGAAUAAUGACCAGCCCCCUUUUCAAGAUAGACAAAAAAAAAUGUGUUAAAACAGUUCAAGUAAUACAUUUUUGUACAUUACGCUAAAUUAUUAGCCUCUUUAUCUUAGCACCCAAAAUACUGAAUAUGGAAAUGAACCCUAUUUUUCUGCCCUUUUCUCUUAUUUUGAAACCAAUAAGCUUUACUUUCUGUUUAGUGCCAGUUGCCCAGAAGUGUUGGUCCAAUAGGUUGAUUAUCAAUUAGGAGAUGGUAGACAGUAAAACGAAAGGACUUUAUUCAACAGCCAAGUUCAUAACUGUAGGAAAUUUUGGACAACAGAAAAAGCAAGCCUAAAAAGCUUAUUUUCCCUCUGCUGGAGAGCAUGAGAUGCUCUUAACAGUAAGGGGUGCCAAAUAGUUGAAUCCCAUUCCAUUGGACAAGGAGUAACAACUGGGAGGCAGGACCAACACUUGAUUGGGGGAAAUUCCAAAUGUCCCGGCCACUGUGUGUAAUAAUGCCCAUCCUCCGACUUUAAACUCCUAGAUAUGAUUCAAUAAUGUCAUGCUGUACUUGAAGCAUGCAUGUGAACUUUACUACUGUAUCUAGUUAAAAAAAAUGUCCUGGUUAGCCAUUUUAAUUAAGUUGUAAUCUGUUAAUGCUUUUUUGUCAUUUGGGGGUAGUGAUUUCCUGCCUACAGGACUUUCAUUUUUGCAUGCAAUGUGUUCUUACUAGUCAAUGGGGAAUGGCACAGUGAUACUAAUACUGUACGAUACUGAUACAGCCACUAGGGCCAGGAACGAGGAGCUCCUGUCCAGUUGGGCCACAUAGGCUUUUAUAGUGUUUCGGGCCUCAAGUCAAUCUAUAUUCACCAUACCUGAUCAGAUCUUUUGGGUAGAAACCAGUUGUUAAAUGGUGGGAAACCUUUUCAACAACUGAAACGCUCCAGGUGGCAGGUAUGAAGCAAAAUAAUGUUUUUUUUUUUACAUAGGUAUCAGAACAGCAAGAUUCUCAGUAGUGUUGAAGAGGACAUGCAGCUCAUGUUGUGUUGCUCAGUGGCACCGCAUAUUGCUUAUACAAACGCCUCUACACAAUCCAGUGUCUCCUGUAGUUUUAUCAUGAACGUUUUAAAAGUUGAGUUAAUUGUUCAUCAAGAGAUCUUGUUUGCGUGAUGAAAUUCCCCUCAUCUCCUCAGGAUUGGUGUAUUUUGUGUCGUGUUCUGUGUUUUUGAAAGACAAACCUUUCCCAUUCAAGUGAUUUUACUGAAGUAACACAUUUUUACCUCUUAGUUAAUCAAUCAGUAAAUCAAGAUUGGGGCUUCCUUGUUACAGCGUAACAUCCAAAUUUGUUUUGAGUGCAAACAAGUAGCAGGCCUAAAUUAAGCCUAAACUUUAAACCAAGUAAUCUAAUGAUGUAUAUGUGUUAUUCAGGUGAACUGUCUUAAAGAAUAGUGAGUUACUGUAUUCAGAUGCGAGACAUAAGAUACCCCGUCAGAUUCUAACAGAAUAUGCCUUGCACAUUUCCCCAAGCCUCUGUACUUAUUGCUGCCAUAAACGUACUUUCCUAUUUUUGGAUUGGCUAGAUUAGGCAAAGAAAAUCUUAAAGGCCUUUUUUUGUUUUUUGUCCUACUACAGAUCUUCCUUUCUCUAUUUUUUGUUUUGUUUUACUUCUACAAAAGAUGCACCCCCGUAGAAUCGUUGUCAUGCAAAGAGUGUUCAAAAAUGUAUUGUUCAUAUAAAUUUCUCAUUCUUCCUCGUGAAGUUAGAUUUUUUGGGUUAGAGCUUGGGUGGGAAGGUGUUGAGUGGGUUUUGCUGGGCUGUGUUUCAAGUGAAAUGACUGGUCCAGUCCAAUAGUCUUUGUCAAAUGUAUUCCUUACAAAGGUUGUUGCUUCCUUGUGAUGUAACUGGAGCUGAUGUCUGUAAAUGAGGCAAUUACCAUUAAAUUCAUUUUUAGAGGGGAAAAAAGUGUUAAUUUAUAAAAACACGGAAAAGUUGUUUUUUCAGCGUUAUUUCACAACCUUAAAACCAGGGUUUUACCUUGAGGCUUCUUACACAUUGCCUUUUGUGCUUGCAUCGAGUGCUUCAGUCAGAUAGCCGCGGGAUACAUGUGAGCCCAGACUGCAUUAGGCUUCUUUGCCACGUCUGUUCAACUGCUACAAACUCUGCUGUUUGAGAGGAAUGAGAUUCUAAAGUGAAACAUAAUAUACAAUACAUUUAUUUAGGAUUUAUGCUUUUUUGGCCCAUUUUAUUACCUCCUUGUUCCUAAUGUUAGAUAUGAACUGUUAGCACAUUUUUGAUUAUGGGACGCCAUUUUGUUAACAAUACUGUAUCACAAAAAGUCAUUCUACCAAAAUGUUCCCCCUCCCUUUUAUUUUGCGUGCCAACUGCUGAUUUCUGAAAAAGAAGUAGCAUUUAUACCUGGAUCGUAUUUUAACAACCUUUUUGUAUAGUUGUUAUACUGAAAGGUGCACAUUUUGUAAAUUGUGCUUCAUUUCUUUGGUGUGUCUAAAUGAAUGUUGCUUUAAUGGAGUUUUCAGUACUAUCUCUUUUGUGUAUGAUGGGACUUGGGAGAGUGACUGGGUCCAGGUCUAGGGGAGUGAAUGAAUGACCACGGUUGAACACAUCCAUAGAGAGCUCUCUUUGGUCACUGUGUAGAGUGGUGAUCUGAUCCCAAAUCUGUCUUUUUUUUGUUGCCAUGAAUCUCACCACUCCUAUUUAAUGUGUAAUAAAGACAAAACAAUUAAGAGGAA